AGAGAGAGAGAGAGAGAGAGAGAGAGAGAGAGAGAGAGAGAGAGAGAGAGAGAGAGAGAGAGAGGUUGGUGAAGAUCAAUUGAGUCUCAGCACGGAGAUCUUCAGUCAAUGACAGCGCGUAUAUUUUCCUGGUGAAGGUGACGCAUAACGGAUUAUUAUGCGUGUGCUGAUCGCCGUGUGCGCGCUCGCGCUGCUCAUCGCCGGAGCUUCUGCCCGCAACGACAAUUUUUUGGACGACAAAUGGUUGACCGGGAGAUGGGACAAAUUUAGAGAUGAACCAGGGACAUGGAGCCCCGGAAAGCCAUUCGAUCAAGCUCUUGACCCUGCCAAAGAUCCAUGCCUCAAGAUUAAAUGUGGCCGCCAUAAAGUGUGCGUGGCAGAAGAUUACCAAACACCAACUUGUAUCAGUCAACGCAGGAUGAGUAUAAAGGACAUGAACUCAAACUCGCCACUACUGAAAUGCAAGCCGUGUCCAGUUGUCCAUCCUUCACCUGUAUGUGGAACAGACGGACACACGUACUCCACCAAGUGUAAACUAGAGUAUCAAGCCUGCAUCUCUGGAAAGCAGAUUUCUGUAAAGUGUCCAGGACAGUGUCCCUGUCCUUCACAGAGUUUAGUGGAGAAGAAAGAAUGCGGUAAUGCUGAAAUGACUGAAGUGGUCAGCAGAUUAAGAGAUUGGAUCACAGUUCUUCAUGAGAAUGGCAAUCGCAGCAAUAAAUUGAAGCUCCAGAAGCCAGAGAAGAAGAUAGAAACGAGUAAGCUGCCCCUCUGUAAGGACUCUCAGGGCUGGAUGUUCUCCAGACUGGACACAAACUUUGACCUUGAGCUUGACCAGUCAGAGCUGUCCAGCCUGAGCUCAGAGAAGAGUGAUGUCUGCACUAAAGCCUUUCUCAGCUCAUGUGACCUGGACAAAAACAAGCUAAUAUCCAGCCAGGAGUGGUGUGCUUGCUUUCAGAAAUAUCAGGAUGCUCCCUGCCAAACAGAGAUCACCAGCAUCCUCAAACAGCAAGUUGUGAAGAAAUUACUGGGGACGUAUAUGCCUUCCUGUGAUGAAGAUGGAUUCUAUAGACCUCAUCAGUGUCAUAGCAGCAGUGGGCAAUGCUGGUGUGUCGACCGCUAUGGAAAUGAGGUUGCAGGGUCGCGCACCCAAGGGUCUGCUGAUUGUGCAGUGGAGGCUUCUGGAGAUUUUGGCAGCGGUGAUUCGCUGCUGUCAGAUGAUGAGGAUGGUGAUGUUUUAAAUGAUGAAGAGGAAAUGGAAGACGAUGAAGAUGAAUACGAACAUACGGAUGAGUAUGGGGACCUGUCGUAAACUGUUUUCCACUUUAAUUUCAAUUUUAUUUUGAUUUACAAACGAGGAGCCAAAUAAAACACAGACUUUCAUUUGGUCUAAAAGCACGUUUCUAGGUGACCUUGACAGAAUAUUAACAUUACUUAAGGGUUCAUCUACCCAGUGCUGUGUAAUAUUUGUACAAAAUUAAUACCGAUAUUGGAUAACCAUAUUCCAUUUUUCUUAGAAAUUCUUAUAUCGAUCCAAAGUGUAUUAACAAAUCUUGGAAUUCAGAAUGGGUUUGGUAAGGACUUCAACCGAUGAGGGUUUGCACUUCUAAACAUGCACAUGAACACGACACAGACAAAACACAUGUUUAUAUGCUGAAGUUGUGUUUUAAAGUUCGUACCUUGCAAGAUUUAUCAAAGAAUAAUAGCAUGAGGGAUUCACAAUGGUUUAUUGCAUUUUGUCUCCUGUGUGAUGAUUUAAUAGGGUCCAAAGAAUAAAAAAAUUUCUUUUUAGUCUUUUUUGAAACACAGUAAAAACUUUCUGCAUAAUCAUGUACCUACUUUUAUUUAACCUCACAGUUUGGUCGCAGCUUAAUAAAGACUUAAAAAUGCAGAAUGAUGUAAUCAGCCAAAAUUGAUUUGAUGUGUAAUAGAGAACAAACUUGGCAUUAUGUUUUUGUGACAGUGUUGAAUUACAAGUGUCA